AUGGCUCCUUCCAAAAUGCACAAAUUGUAUGAUUUUGGGGCACAUGACAAAGGUUGUCCGCUGAACAAAAUUCACAAACCGAGUAAACCACCAGUAGCUGUGUAUGUGGCAAAAACAAACACUCCUCUACCACAACCAAACAAUGAAAAGAGCAGAAAACCGAUGAGACAGACAAUAGGUGACAUACCAAGACGUGAGGAGGGAGAAGUGCUUAGGGAACGCAAACCUGACAAACACGAUGAUAGGGCAUGGGAUGAGAAUUUUAUUGAUGUCCAUGUACUUGACCUGGGUGAUCAAUUCGUGCACUGUCGUAUCACUAGUAGAGCUGUCAAUGAAACUGUCUUUGUUACUAUUGUAUAUUGUGCAUCUGAGGUGAUUGACCGUCGGAUUUUGUGGACUACACUGGAGACACUCGCACAGCAGUGCUCAGACAUCCCGUGGCUGGUGGGAGGGGACUUUAAUGCAGUGCGAGAACUUAAUGAGUACAACCGUGCGGAGUUUAAGAAGCGGUUGGAUCGGAUCCUUAUUAAUGAUCGUUGGCUGGCAAGGUUCCCUACCUCAUCCUAUCACAGCCUUACACCACAGACGUCUGACCACUCGCCACUGGUUCUACAUGGGGAUACACAACAACAUAAUGGAGGGGGUAUGUUUCGACUUGAUAACUAUCUGGCCCAUUCACCUGAUUUCAUUCCCAAUGUGCAGAACAUUUGGCAUCAUGAGGUUGUUGGUAUACCUAUGUAUGCCGGAACAUUUGGCAUCAUGAGGUUGUUGGUAUACCUAUACAGAAUGAGCUCUACUUACUCCUGGAACAUUGUUCUCGAUGAGGCACAACAAUUGGUGAGCUCUGACAGACAGAAUGAGCUCUACUUACUCCUGGAACAUUGUUGUCGAAUAAUUUAUGCUAAAGCGGCAAAACUCGAACAAAUUAUGUUGCAACAAAGAGCUAAGAUGAAGUGGAUGAAAGAUGGAGACCAAUGUUCCCGGGUUUUCUUUUGUAAGAUCGGUCAGAGACGAGUAAUGAGGAAAAUCUUGCAGAUCAAUGAUGAGAAUGGUACCACACACACGGAUCAAGGAGAGGUCGCCCAUGAGUUUGUCUCAUACUUUCAGAACCUUUUAGGAGGUACCAGACGACAGUUCACAGUGGAUAUUCGAUACCUUAGACCAUGGGCGAGGUACUGUAUUACUGAUGAGGAAGCUAGCCACUUACUGCUACCAUUCUCACCAGAUGAUGUGAAGCAAGCAGUGUUUGAUAUCGCUGAAGACAAAGCGCCGGGACCUGAUGGUUACUCGUCAGGGUUUUUCAAGGCGGCUUGGCCUGUGGUGGGGGAAGAAGUAACGAGGGCGGUUCUGGACUUCUUUACUACCGGAAAACUACUAAAACAGAUCAACUCCACGAUUUUGACUCUAAUACCAAAGAGACUGAGUAGCUUGCCAGACAAGAUUAUUAGCCCCUGUCAGACAGCUUUUAUUCCGGAAAGAAGCAUUGGUGAAAACAUUAUGCUAGCCCAGGAACUAUUCUCAGGCUAUAACCAGAUGCGCCUACCUCCCAGAUGCGCACUUAAAGUGGAUAUCAAAAAGGCCUAUGAUACGGUGGAAUGGGACUUCUUGUUAGCAGUUUUGCAGUUAUUCGGAUUCCCCACUAAGUUCACAAGAUUAUGUUCCAAGGUUUUUCAGUUGGGAUUUGCAGACGACCUACUACUUUUCUGCAGAGCUGACUUUGACUCCAUCAGCGUAUUCAAGGAGGGAUUGGAAUGGUUUGCGGAGUUGUCGGGCCUUUGGCUGAAUGUUCAAAAAAGCCACUUAAUCAUCUCCUGUUCGGCUCAAGAAUUGAAAGAUCAGAUGUUGGAGAUUUAG